AUGUCCAGGACAGUCAAGCUUGCUACCCUUGCGCACCUCCCGAUCCGUCGGGGGAUGGCCUCGAGCGCUCGUGGCCUCGCCACCGAGAUUCAGCGCGAGAUGGUGGCGCCCCAGCCGCCCAUGAUGCGCAAACAGCGUGCAGAGGGCGACAUCGGCUCCGUCUUCGCUUCACUCUCUGGAGAGGCCGAGCAACCCCUCCCGGCUCGCUUCGCCGACUUGAAGCGCCUAAUUGCAGGGGACGAGGCUAACCGUGCCCGCCUCGUCUCGUCUUUCCGCAGCCUCACCUCGCGCCUCGUUGUCGCCGCGGCCGAGAUUGAGCGCCUCGGCACUAACGCCGUACCAACUGUCUCUUACGAGUCGCUCCUCGCCCGUGACCCGGCCACCGUCGCAGCCAUUAAGCGCUCGGGUACGGCUGUUGUGCAAGGUGUUGUCCCUCGGACUGAAGCCGAGGCUUGGCUCCAGCAAGUGGAGGCGUACGUCGCGGCCAACCCCCAGGUCCGCGGCUUCCCGGCCGACGACAAGCAAGUGUUCGAGAUCUACUGGUCCAAGCCGCAGCUUGCGGCACGCGGUCACCAGAGGAGUCUGGCUGCGCAGCGAGCCCUUCUUUCCCUCUUCUCCCUUCCCCAGUCUGCCCAGGUAUCCCUUACGCCAAUUUCAUACGCCGACCGCUUACGGGUUCGGCACCCCGGUGACUCCAAGUUUGCCCUCGGACCACACAUGGAUGGUGGCUCGGUCGAGAGGUGGGAGGACCCGGCCUACCGCGCCGUCUACGCGCGCAUCCUUGAGGGACGAUGGGAGAAUUAUGACGCGUACGAGCUCGAGGCUCGGGCGCGCGCCAACCAGAACCUCUAUGACGGCGCGGGAGCGUGUGGCGUCUUCCGCGCGUUCCAAGGCUGGACAUCCCUCUCCGACACUGGUCCCGGCGAGGGAACGCUUCGCGUCUACCCCCUCAUCCGCGAGAUGACCGCGUACACUCUCCUCCGGCCAUUCUUCCGUGAGAAGGCUCCGCGCGCUGCCGUCUCGCGGGAACACUACCUCGCGCCAGAGAACUGGGAGCUCGAUAUUGACUCCACGGUCUUCCCGCAGGCUCCUCUUGGCCGCAGCCAAGAGUUCAACGACGCGUCUCACCCCCACCUCGAACUCGACCGGACCAUGGUCUCCAUUCCCCGCGUACAGCCGGGCGACCAGGCAUGGUGGCAUGCAGACGUCAUCCACGCCGUUGAGAGCGUUCACCGCGGCGCAGGGCCUAGCGCCGUCAUGUACAUCCCCUCUGUACCACUCACUCGCCUGAACGCCGAGUACAUCCGCGACCAGAGGGCAUGCUUUGAGGCACGUUGCCCGCCGCCCGACUUCCCCGGAGGUGAGGGCGAGAGCACCUUCUCGGGCACCGGCACACCGGCGGACAUUGAAGGCGUCGACGCGCGCCGAGCCUUGGGCUUCGAGGCCUUCCCCGUGACACCCGACAUGCGCGCCGGCGAGCAGGCCGUGCGCCGCGCCGCUAACGAUGUUCUUGGCUUUUAA